AUGGAAGGCACUCACUGCACCCUCCAAUUGCAUAAGCCCAUUACCGAACUCUGCUACAUCAGCUUCUAUCUGCCAAGAGGAGAAGUCAGAGGAUUUUCAUACAAGGGCACCGUAACUCUAGACAGAUCCAAUAAAGGUUUUCAUAACUGCUACCAAGUCAGAGAGGGGUCAGACAUCAUCAGCCUCCGCCGGCAGCCGAACGAACAUCCAGGCGACAUAUUUUUCAAGCAGACUCCCACGAAAGACAUUCUGACGGAGCUGUACAAGCUCACAGCGGAGAGGGAGAGACUGCUGGCCGAUCUGCUGAGCUCAGACCACAUCCUAGGGAUUACCAUGGGGAACCAGGAAGGGAAGCUGCCAGAGCUGUCUGUGAGCCUGGCCCCCGAGGACGACUGUUUCCAGAGUGCUGGCAACUGGCAAGGGGAGCUCCCCGUGGGCUCUCUUAAUAAGAGGAGCACACACGGGAACAGAAAGCCCCGGAGGUUUGGUGGAAGGAGAGAGAGAUUCGAGGAGCUCCCACAGAAGAGGACAAGAAGGAAAGGGCGUGGGGGCCAGGAAACUGCUUCUCACCUGGGGAAGGACCAAGUCUGCCCCAGCAGCUCCCUUCCUUCCAGAGUGGAGCCUCAGCUUCGGCUUGUGGAGCAAAGAGCAGACUUGUUCUCGAAUGGGGUGCUUACCUCUCCGCCGCACAGGAGGGAGAGCUGCCCCUCGGAUAUCCUUGGGAUGCUGGACACAGACGUUGGCUUUGGGAGUUCUGGGCUUGGCAGGGGAGUGCAGCCCCCAAACUACAGCUCCACGGAGGCGGGAGAGGAUGGCGUUGAGGGGCCACUGAGGUGGCCUCCUGGACUGCAGCAUCAUCAAACAGGUUUGCCUGAAAGUCAGAAGGACUCCGAAAAGCAUCCAGAGGCAGUGGAGAGGGCCAGGACGAAGAAGUCGGCUGAAUGGGCUUGCAGGAAGAAACCUGUCUGCAAAGCGGUGGCCCAAGUCCAGGAUCUGUCUGCUCAGAUACAAAGAGUGGUUACAACACCUCCUGAGGCUGAGGAAGGGAAUGUCCUUGGCCCAGCACCCCAAGCUGACUUUAUACCCAGAGCAGAACUGCUCACCCCCCCAGGAGCGCAGAGCCCCAGACGCUGGGGCAAAGAGCGAGAGCAUGGGUCUUCUCAGCCAUCAGCCAGAGAUUCUGUUUCUGACACUGAGGGGACUGUGAACAAGGUCCUCCUGAAGGGUAUAGAGAGCAAGAAGUUAGAUGAAGCCACCGAGGAGAAAAGAGCCCCCCAUGGCCUCCCAGGAACCAGAAGCAAGAAAAGAGCUGGGCCGUGCCGCAGCUUCAGUCCUGACUCCCCACACCUCCAAGAUGGUAACAGGCGGCCGUCGCCCCCAGCGUCAGCAGCUCUGGGCACGGUCUUUAAUAAUUCAUCCCCUCAGUCAGGCACACACACACGGACGUCACCUGUUCCCUCACCUCUGUCUCCAAGGUGCCCCAGCCCACAGCAGCAUCACAGGAUCCUCCGGCUCGCUCCACUGCCUGGGGAGAGGGGAGCUGCUCUUCAUGACUCUCCUGGGGGAAAGAGCGGUGUCUUUCCUGGGUCCUCCUCUGCUGACACCUUGGAGCCACCAUCCUCUGCGAAGGUCACGGAGACCAAAGGAGCCAGCCCGGCCUCCCUCCGAGCAGGCCAAGCUCAGUUGGUGCCUGAGGAACCUUUGGAAAAGAGCUUGGGGCCAGGGAAGACCACAGCUGGGUCCCAGCCCCCAUCACCUCCAGGUACCUCUGCUGAUGGCUUGCCCUGGGACUGUUUCAGUGAACAGACAACAAAAGACCUUCCCAACAGGGAUGGAAGUGCAUGGGUCUUGGGCUAUAGAACAGGACCAGCCUGUCCAUUUCUGUUCCAUGAGGAAAGAGAGAAGCCAAACAGAAGUGAAUUGUACUUGGAUCUCCAUUCUGACCAGAGCCCCACAGAGCAGGAUGAUAGGACUCCUGGCAGACUCCAAGCUGUCUGGCCACCCCCGAAGACAAAAGAUGCAGAGGAAAAAGUGGGACUGAAGUACACUGAAGCAGAAUACCAAGCUGCCAUUUUACACUUGAAGAGGGAGCACAAAGAAGAAAUUGAAAACCUACAGGCCAAGUUUGAACUUGAGGCAUUUCAUAUCCGAGGCGAGCAUGCAGUGAUAACAACAAGGCUGGAAGAAACCAUAGAAAAUCUCAAACAGGAGUUAGAACACCGAUGGCGAGGAGGAUGUGAAGAGAUGAGAGAUGUGUGCAUCUCCACUGAUGACGACUGCCCUCCCAAGACCUACAGGAAUGUGUGCAUCCAGACAGACAGGGAGACCUUCCUCAAGCCCUGUGAGGGUGAAAGCAAGACAACAAGAAGUAACCCAGUAAUACCCAAGAAGUUGAACAUCACCUCUUUAACUCAACUGUCUCCCCCAAGUGACAGCAAAGACAUCCAUGCACCACUUCAGUCUGUGGAAGGCAUCUCAUCAAACCAGCAGAAGACAUCUGCUCCCCCUCCUGCACCACCCCUACCCGCACCACCCAUCCCUCCACCUCCUCCCCUGCUGCCUAGUCUUGAUCCUUUGCCACCAGCACAUCCAACACCACCUGUGAGUGCUGGGCCCCCACCACCACCACCACCACCACCACCUCCUCCGCCACCACCUCCUCCACCACCCCUACCACCUGCUCUGCCUCCAAGUGCUGGACCUCCCCCACCUCCUCCCCCACCACCACUUCCUAACUCCCCCGCUCUGACGAAUAAUGAGGGGCCUCCUGCCACUCCAGCACCCCCAGGACUUGUACCUCCACCCCCUCCUGGACUCUUCUUUGGACUCACCUCUUCUUCCAGCCAGUGUCCUCGAAAACCAGCCAUUGAGCCCAGUUGUCCCAUGAAACCUUUGUAUUGGACUAGAAUACAAAUAAGUGAUAGGAGCCAAAAUGCUACACCAACCUUAUGGGAUUCCUUAGAAGAGCCUGACAUUCGGGACACUAGUGAAUUUGAGUAUUUGUUCUCUAAAGAUGCAACUCAGCAGAAGAAAAAACCUCUGUCAGAGACCUAUGAGAAAAAAAACAAAGUCAAAAAGAUUAUCAAGUUAUUGGAUGGCAAGCGAUCUCAAACUGUGGGAAUCUUGAUAUCCAGUUUGCACUUAGAAAUGAAGGAUAUCCAGCACGCCAUUUUCAAUGUGGAUGACUCCGUGGUUGACCUGGAGACCCUGGCAGCUUUAUAUGAAAAUAGAGCCCAAGAAGAUGAAUUGGUUAAAAUAAGAAAGUAUUACGAGACAUCUAAAGAAGAAGAAUUGAAGCUGCUGGAUAAACCCGAACAAUUUUUACAUGAAUUAGCGCAGAUUCCUAAUUUUGCUGAACGUGCCCAGUGCAUAAUCUUCCGAUCUGUCUUUUCUGAGGGUAUAACUUCCUUGCAUCGAAAGGUAGAGAUCAUCACUCGAGCUUCUAAGGGCUUGCUGCACAUGAAGAGCGUGAAGGAUAUUUUAGCUCUCAUUCUGGCUUUUGGAAAUUAUAUGAAUGGAGGAAAUAGAACUCGAGGUCAAGCAGAUGGAUAUAGCUUAGAAAUUCUGCCCAAACUCAAGGACGUCAAAAGUCGGGAUAAUGGGAUUAAUCUGGUGGACUACGUUGUGAAGUAUUACCUGCGGUAUUAUGAUCAGGAAGCUGGAACGGAAAAGAGUGUUUUCCCCCUGCCUGAACCACAAGAUUUUUUUCUAGCUUCCCAAGUCAAGUUUGAAGACCUCAUAAAAGAUUUGAGAAAAUUAAAGAGGCAACUAGAAGCCAGUGAGAAACAGAUGAUGGUGGUGUGCAAGGAGUCUCCCAAGGAGUAUCUGCAGCCUUUCAAGGACAAACUAGAAGAAUUCUUCCACAAAGCUAAAAAGGAGCAUAAAAUGGAAGAAACUCACUUGGAGGAUGCACAGAAAAGUUUUGAAACAACAGUAGGAUAUUUUGGGAUGAAGCCCAAGUCUGGUGAGAAGGAGAUCACCCCCAGCUACGUGUUUAUGGUGUGGUAUGAGUUCUGCAGUGACUUCAAGACGAUUUGGAAACGGGAGAGUAAAAACAUAUCAAAAGAAAGACUGAAAAUGGCUCAGGCAUCUGUCAGCAAGUUGACAUCGGAGAAGAAAGUGGAGACAAAGAAAAUCAACCCCACUGCUAGUCUGAAAGAAAGGCUGCGUCAGAAGGAAGCCAGUGUGACCACCAACUAAAGUGGGGACGCGUGAGACACAGUAACAGUGGAGAUGUACCUUGUGUGCUCCUUUCUGACCCUAGGGCUGAGGAAGUUCCUGGAAGAUAUGCUGCUAAAUGUGUGUUUUGCUCAUGUCUUUCUGAGGUCCUCUGCACAGAGUGCCCUGUGCCUUCCUAUUAUGUCCCUUAUGAAGCCACAAAAAACAAUGAAAAGCUACUUAAGGGAACAUUUCAUGUGUAUUUGAUAAUUGUUACUUGUAGCAGUCUAAAGUCCACUCCCUUAUAAGACCUGAAGACAUACUAAAAUUUUCUGAAUAUUUUUAAAAGCUGAGAUUUCAAGCUGUCAAACUCAAGAUUCAUACAUGUAACCUUGUCCCAAAACAGGAGAGAGAUCUUUUCUGACAAUUGCUUUGACAUAAUUUAAGCUUCAUCUUUACAUACUUCUCUUUUGAUUAUUGGUCUGCAGCAUUUUUCUCACCAAUAAUGUUGAAAUUUAUCCACCCUGCUUUUGAAGAGGUGCAAGACUAUGUAUUCCCAGACUAGCGAGCUUAUUUGUUGUCUGUGCAGCAGGAAGGAGAGAAAACAGCAUUGUACAUGGGUGGAAAGGGAAUAAAUCAGUGUAAACUUCAUCCUGGAAAACAAACUAUAAUACAGGGCAUUGGCUUCAAGCCAUUACAAGCCAUUAGGCAAGGCUCCUUCAGUUGGUAUAUCAGCUCUUUGUGGUUUCCUGGGUCAGCAGAGGUUCAGCACCCCAGGUCCUGGAAGAAACUGUAUGACUUGAGGAGGGACAGCCUUGGGGUCAAAGCACCUGCUUGGACAAGCCACCCACAUUUGGGAACACUUGUGAACAAGUGACAAUAUGUUGACAGGCAGUCACAUUCUACAUCACGGUCUGCAACUGCGUGCUAGUUUCCAGACAGAAGAGCAAAUACUCCUUGCAGCCUUUUAUCAUGACCUUGGCUGACAGGCAAGUGAAGUCGGGUAAAGCAGAGAUCUUUGAUGUCAAAAAAAAAAAAAAAAAGGCAGAAGAAAAGUUCUUUUCAUCAAAAUGAAAGCAAGAUGAUUAUAUUAAUAAUAAACUUUGCGAGGAAUAUCGUGCAUAGACAGCUUUUUCUGACCCUGGCCCUUGAAUCAUAGAAGGAACCCCUUUGGGCCUCCCUCUGACAUCUUUUCUUUUAAGCCACUACUCUUUGAAUCUGUCUUGUGAGGGGGAAGAAAGAGGACUAGGGGUGAAUUGGGAACAAAACCAAUGACUGUCAUUUCUAGACCUUGAAGGAAGAAAGGCCCAAGCUUACCCCUCCAACUGUGGGACAGUCUAGAGGUGAGCAAGAAUCAUCUUAAGUGUCCCCAUGUGCCAUGUGUGGCCUGCCCUUUGCCCCAGCAUCUUUCCAGAACUGAACUUGCCAGCUGCCUGUCAUCAGCCGCCUCAGGGACACUCCUAGGAUGGAUUCCGCUAACAAAGGCAGCGCUGCAUCCUCGUGUAACACCAGCCUCGGGAAUCAAGAAUGCACGGUGAGGAUCAAACCAAGUCACAGAAGCCAUAGCCAUGCAGGUGCUAACGGCCUUUCCUAGUGGUUCUGAAGAAAGCAAAAUGGCAACUUGGUUGGAUUUUGCAAUUCAAAGUGAAGGACUUAGACAAGCAAAUUAGAAAAGUCGAUCAGGAUCAGGAACUUAACAUGAUUAAGAAGGCUUGAAGUUGCGGGUGAGCAGCAAAGCUUUUCAAACUGCUUUCUUAUUUGGUUUGUCUUCAUUUUCAUUUUACUGUGAAGAAAGCCAAGGGAACUCAUCACUUGAAAACAGAUUCCACUUAGAGCCAUCCUGUGUUCUGUGGUGUUCCUUCUAAUACUGUCAUAGAGAAGAAAAGUGGCAGUUUUGCCCAUGCCGCAGAAAUCCGCUCUGGGUUCAGUGAGGCCAGCAUAAGACCAGGUCGCUAUGAAUCCCUAUAGACUUGAAGGAAGGGAGCAGGAGGCGAUUUUCAGCAGAGCCACUGUGGCCCACUUCAGGUCUCAAAGUAGGAAACCCAUGGAAAAAUCCCUGAAGGUAGGCAGGACUGGCGCUAUGGCCACAUAACUUUUCAAGGCACCCUCUUAAGAGACAGUGCUGAAGAGUAAUGAAUGAAAGCAUUUGAGAGGGAGAUAAAUGGAGCAUAUGUUGGAUUUCAGCAGAGUGAACACUAAUAAUGCAUGGUAGAGUACCUAUUUCCCAAGAGCAAGAAUUGCCUCUAUUGGGGAAACCUAGUGAUUUUCUAAUGCCAGUCAGGUGUGUCACAUCAGUGUUUUAAGGCACUAUGGCAAAAUCUCCAACGUUCUCUCCUAGUUUGAAGCCUUCAUUAUUUCUCUUGGCUACCCACUCUCAGUGCACCACAGUGAUGUCAACUUAAGUUGAUAUGCAGUAAAGUUAAAGGGAGUUUGUUCACAGUAGUCCCUCUAAAACAAUGUGGAGGCGUUUAAAAUGAUCCCUCUACAAUGCAUCUGAGGGUGCAUUAAAUGGAACAGGUAUGCUAAAGCUUGUCAGGGUAUAAAGUUCUGGAAUAGUACUUAGCAACUUGAGCACUGGAGGUAAGCAGGGUUCAAGUAGCUGUUCUAGGCAUAACUCUUCCUGAGCUAGGAAGAAGAGUGGCCAGGAUUUGCUCUCUUGUGUUUAAUCAGACACUUACACCUAACUUACUACUAAGACCAGAAGAAAACUUGAAUUUACAAACAUCUCUGUCUCUUACCCACCAAGAUUCACCAAAUCUGAGGGCACAGUUUGAUGGCACUUCAGAUUUUUUCAUAAGAAAUGGAAUAAUUCUUGAGCACACAUUGAUAUCAUAUAUUACAUUAAAGCAUUAUGUAAAAAGCAUCAGACCUAUGAGUUGUCAAAAAGAUCAGGAAGUGUGCUAUUUGGAUUUUUACAUGAGAAGAGGCAGUUACUUGGAAAAGAAGUGAGAAAAAGUAUGGCCAAGCAGAAGAGGACAUAUGUGAUGGUGGAGAUUUUGGGGCCACAGCUGAUGGUCUUGCUGCCCUGCCUUUUGAAUCCUUAAGUUUCUUUCUGUGAUGUAUUUUCACACACUCAUUGCAUCUAUCUAUGAAUUAUAGAGACAGAAUUUCUAAAAUCCAAGAAGUAGAAUCAAGAAAUUCAUUGGUGCUGUUACACCUUUAAAUGUUCUAGGCCAAAACAAAUUGCCAAUGUGGUUGAAGAAUUUUAUGUCAGAUUGGGUAUUGGGCUUCCAGUAAAGAUAACAGAAGCUGCAGACCUGCUGAGACUCCUUUAGGCACCUCCUUGUUUUAUGCACACUAGAAGGAAUGGCACUUCCUAAAUGAAAACCUCGUAUGCUGCUGGUGGAGAAUCCAGAAAAAUUGAAGGAAGGAAUAAAACAUGUUGGUGUAUUUGAUACCUCUAGGAGAAUUAAGAGAUCAUUAGCACAGUUUCUCCAAAGACCACAGUAGGAAGUAGCAUAAGAAGUAGAAAUUUAUUUUUGGGCAAAGAUUUGCCUUUAGCCUGGGGUUGCACAUCUUCCUGUAGAUUAUGCUACAUGAAACAGAGAAGUUUUUAAUUUUAGUUAUAUUCUUUCUUGAAGUGAUAGAUUCACAAUUGCAUGCUAGUGUCAUUGAUGGGGAUCAUUGCAUAUAGCAGCACAGCAAACCACCCCUGAACAGUGUAUGAAGGGACCUGCAGACCAUUGCUCCCAGCAACCAGGCUGUGACAUUGAUGGCAACGUCUAACAUCCUAAAUCAGUCCAUUUUGCAGUACUUGCUCCCAACUCCCUCCAUAAAACCAAUUUGGAGCUUUAGGUGCAAAAAGAGGGAAAAAAAUCCAAGAAGUAUAGUCUUCUCCCUCCAAGUAUCUGAUACAAAUAUAUAAUGUCCCAAAUUAUUGUUUAAAAAUUGCCAGCAAGAAGUAUCUGCUGGACUUGAACUUCACUUUUCUUUUAUCCUGCCUACCCUAAUUUGGGGGGGGGGGGGGGGGGAGGAUGGUUGAAAGGUGAGUAGAAAAAGGGAAAGCUUCCGCAGACUUGGUAUCUUGGUAUAAUCUACAAUCAGUGUAUUACUUCAUGAAUCACAAGAAAAUGGACAGACCAUGAAGUCCAGUGUUGUAGAAGUCCUAAGCACAUAAGAAUUUGAACAGCUGUGGUGACUGAUGGAUGCAUACAAAGGAAGCACUUCUAGUGCCUCCUUGACCAGGCAAUUUAAAACAGCCACACAAGAAAAGUGGUGUGAUACAGUGAGAGAAAUGCUAGACCAUUAGAGAGUCCUUACUCUGGGUCCUCUUAAGAGCAGUUUAUAUGAGUAGCACACCCAAAAUACCCUGAGUCCCACAUUUCAUAUGUGCCUUAUUUUACCUCCAAAGAGAGAAGACUGAAUAAAGAAACAAACUGUCAUUCAUUUCUGCUGCUUCAUCCUCAUAAAGAAAUCUUUAACAUAGGUCAAACAAACUGUUAGGGUUUGGAAAGAAUUGAUAGUUUUUAGCCUUUUAAACAUGAAAAUAACUUGCUGGAUAUAUUUGCCUUUUCCAGCUACAAACAACCCAGGUGCUGGAAACUGCUGUUGAUACAAAAGUGGCUUCAAGAAACUGGACUCAGCAGAUCUUUCUCCUUUAGGCUUAUGUACCGUUAUUCUUAAUUUCAUUUAAAAUUGAUCCGAGGCAUAAGCAGGCCCAGAUACACAACUGUAUGUGACCAAGAGGCUCAUUUUGUGCCAUCUCUGCAUGCCCAUCAGCUGUUGACACAUUGUUAGAGUCACUGAAUUUUAGUUUCACAAUUCUUCAUGACCCUUUCAAAGGAUUGGGCAAUCUACCGAACUCUCCCAGAUCAACACUUUGCAGGGAAGUAGUGGAUUUAAGACAGUUUUAACCUAUCAAACCUGAAGCCAACUCAGUAGCUUUACUUGAUCCAAGACUUUACCAAUAUUAUGAUAUAAAUGUAGUAUUUGGGAAGUUUGUGUAGUUAACAACUUUCAUGGAAACAAAGAUACUAAAAUGGUAGCUAGGUAACUCUCUCUCAAGCCACCAUGCGGUUUCCACCAACAAAUAAUUUAUUAGGGAAACAAAUCAAGCCUCAUUAAGCAAGUGGGCUAUUCCUCAAGGGGGAGUUUUUUGGACUUAUUUCCCAUCCUCUCUAGUUGCCCUCCUGACCACCCCACUGAUAGCCAGUGGUGUAGAAAACCUUUCUUUCUCUCACCCUUCCCUUCUUGAUAUGGUUGUUCUCUUGUUCAAGAACUUACAAGAACUCCAGACUUCAGUGCUCAUUACAUUUAUGAAAUACUUGAUCUGGGGAAGACUGAUUUAAUCUCAGUUUUUACAUGAAAGUGGUAGAUAAAGUAAUUAAUUUAUUCUUCUACAUUCCAUUUUGCUCAAAUGACUUCCCAUGUUUAUGUACUCUCUUAAAUAUAUUAAGAAUCUCCGGUUUGUCUCCUCCUUUUCUAAAGACUGAUUGACCUAUUUCCCUGGGCUAAUUUUUUAGCUCUGUCUGAAAACUUGAUGUUCCUAGGCUAGAAAAAUGCAAAUGAUCCCAUAAUUUCAGGCAGAAAUUAGUAUCCAAAGAAUCUGGCAUGGAGUAAACACCUUUCUACACAUUUCAGCAGUCACAGAGGCUGAAUAUUUUUCUGAAUUCUACCUGUGCAUUGAUGCUGAGGGGCCCGCUACCUUGGAAACUUAAGGGGAAUGAGUAUUUUCCCCACAUAUAAUAUGAGCUGCCCAAUGCACUGUCUUAUUCUUAGCCUAUCAAGUACAAACCAAAUGUUUUCAGACAUGCAUUAGCAGUGGUUUGUCAACAUCUUUGGCAGAGUUGUACCUAUUUUUUGUUGUUCUCCUCCAGGGCUUUCUUCCACUUGCAUUUCUUGAAGCAAAUUCAUUCUGAUUGUUCAGCUAGGUUAGCUUUCCAAGGUCCAUCUUUCCAAAAGAAAGAUUGGUUCCACAGACCAUUGAGUGCACAGGGAAAUUACUCUGUACCCUCUGUGCCAUGGAUCAUAGAUGUUUAGGAAUCAACAACUCUCUGGGAACUUUUGUGUUGGAUGUUGAAUUCCAUUUUCUCUCUGUGAUCUGUAUAAAAAGGAAGAUACAGCAUGCCAAAAUUGCAUUUCUCUUCCCAAUGAGAGACUAGACGGACAUUUGAAAAUCUUUAUAUUUUAGGUGUAUUUUCAUGAACUAGCAACAGUUCCUCUUUUCCCCCUUUCUUGCCAGCUUGUCUCUAGAUAUAAUCUUAUUUCUUCAUUUGUAUGACCAUAAAUGCAUAAAGAGGCAGUCUGAGCCCCAGAGACUGUGUUCUGCAUGAUCCUCGAAAGGCAUCCAUUCCCACUAGAAACAAGUCCAAGAGUAAGGGAAAAAAUCAAGUAACAGUUCUCUUGGCCUGUGGUAAGAUUUUGGAGUCUACCAAGGGAGUACAUCUAUUCCAAAAUCAAGAGUUAAUAAUCCUGCAGUUCUAUAGUUUCCCAAGACAAAUAAUGUGACCUACUGUCAGCUGUAGGAUCUCUGAAGAGUAUGCUGCUUAAGAAAAAGAACUUCCCUUUAAGGUAACAAUUUAAGGUACUCCUAAAGAGGCAGAAACUUUUAAAAUUAGAAACUGGAUAAUUUUUAAGAAUCAUUAGAGAAAGCAUGUCAUCAAUUUAUCAUAGUCCUUUCCUUUCCCUGAGCUUUAAUGUAGACUAGCAUGGGAAGCAGGGUGUCCUUGGACUUUGAUUUAGAGGAUCGUGAUUUGGCCCAGGAAAUAAGCACUGGCCUGCAUGCCCAGAACCUAAAUAAAAUCAUCCUGCAUCCUAAUGUGAAUCAGACCUAACAGAAAUGUAAAUUAUUUCAAAACCUUUAGGGUUUAAUUUUUUUUAAACACCCUGGAUGUUGCUUCCUAAAAUGCACUUGGUCCAUGUGGUUGUCUUCAUGUGGCCUUGUCAGAUUCCAAGCAAUGGAUAACAAAGACAGGAGAUGGGAAGAAAAGAAAUUUAUGCAAGGCCAAUGCAAUUUUUUGCCAAUGUAAUGCAUCAUUAGGAAGCUGAUGAUUCUUGCCAUGGUGGUAUCAUGGGCAACUUUUCAAUGGAAAUUCAAGGAAUCUGUAUUAGGCAAAUGUGAGUGUCUAGUAACUGCUUUUGGUCAGCACCACACAAUCUGAUGGACAAGCAGGGAACCCAGUGAAAUGUGUCAGUGUCCGGGUAACUCAAUUCAUUUCAGGUUUGCUUUCAUAAAGUUGCUUGUCCUUGGACCUCCUUUUUUUUUUAAUGCUUGUCCAGAAGUCAUUUUGGCAUUUAGCUUCAUUUUGCUUUUCUCCUCUCAAUACUUCUGCUUUAGCCUCUGCUUUCUUAACAUCCUACAGCUAUGUUUUCCUUAUUUUUACUGUAGCUUUUCCUGUGCCCAACCUUUUGCACCUCUCUGCAUCACAGGCAAUUGAACUCCACCCUUACUCCAUCCUCUUGGACCCAAUGGUCCAUUCCCCUGCUGUUUGGAUAGGGAGCUCCACUGUCACCAAGGAGCCCACGUGAGACACUGCUGUGACAGCCUCUUGUUAAUGUCAGCAUUAUUUCAUCAUUUAGGCAAAGGGGAAAAUCCAUAAAAAUCAUGCAAAAAUACAUUUCUCUUUCAUUUAAUUCUCUUUUUUUCAUUAUUUUAAGGAGUCUGGGGAAAGGAGGCAAUCUAAUCCUCCUCCAUUUCUCAUGGGUUUUACUUUAAAACUAUCUGAUUAGGAGCUGUUCUUUUUAGUCUUCAGCUAUUUGAUACAUAAGACAAAAUUUUUGGAUCUCAUGUAACUCUGUGCUGCUGAACAAAUUGACUUGGUUCUCUGCAAAUAUUUUGAAUCUAAGGCUUUAUAUAUUGUCACACCAUUCUUGCUACUCAUGAUUCAAACACCAACCCUAGACUAAAGCAGGAUGUUGACACUUUGUGGCUAUCUUCCGAUUAAUAGUAACUUACACUCUUGAAAGCACUGUAGAAAAGUGUAAGCAUGACCUAUAUAGUCAAUUAUAUGACCUGGUAAAAAGGUUGACUUUUCUGUUUAAUUGGGUGUUAUACCAAUCUGUAGACACAAGCUUAAAGGAAUUUAAGCAAUAAUGAUGACAGUUUGGUAAAGGAGAAGGCACUUUGAAGACAUGAAACCUUACAUGCUCUUGGGUAUUUUUAAACCUAAUAAGCUAAUUGGAUUCAGGUAUUUUCCCUUUAAAUUUUUAAAAGUAUGCAUUUCUAAUUUGUUUGCACAUUUAAUUUUGUCAAAGCUGAGAAAUUGCUCAUGAGUUGACUUUGUAAAUGUCAUUUGCAACU